GCAACAGUCUACGGUAAAGCUUUAACAGGUGCACAGGAGUGGUUAACUGAGCGUCCACAUCACACAUGAACGCAUGGACACCCGGAUCUCUUCUUCAGAUGAACAAUGGUUGGCGAUUAGUUCAGAAUUUACUGUGGGCUAAAGGUGAUCUUUAUACUGGACAUCAUGAACAACAAGCAGAAAACAGCACUGGCAAACAGCAGGAACUUUUUGGCCAAGAACAUCGUGUGGACACCAGAAUUUGCGGGAAAACUUGUGGCUGAAGGAGUCCUGACACAAUUCAUACUCGACGAUAUUCAGAAACAUGAAGGUCGAGAAGCCAUUAUCCACGCCUUGCUGGAGGUACUGCCUCUCAAGGGCGGUCAGACGUUCGACAAGUUCUGUGACUUGCUACAAUGGUCUGGUCACUGCUUCCUUGCCGACUAUCUUAGGGACGAAGUGAGUAAGGAUGACAUUGCAAGUGUGAAAGAUAUCCAAAAACGUCUGCCAUUCUUAGAGAAACUUCGAGAUUUCGAGAAGAAGAAACUGGAAAGUUACAUCGCAGAUAAGGUCAGAGAAGAACUAGUAAAAAAUUCUUGGAAAAGCGAAUUCACGGAGAAGGAUAAAACAUUGGCCAUCAAAGAAAAGCAAAUAAUGCAAACCUUCAAACACGAAGAGGAAAAUAAGCAAAACCAGUCAACCAUCUGUGACCUGCAGCAGAGGCUGAAGGGGUCGUGCGAAGAAGUGUCCUUGCUGAAGGCGCAGAUAUCGUCGCUCAAACAAAACAUGCUAGAGCUGGACGCGAAACACAAGGAACAACUUAAUCGCCAGAUAAAGUUCAACCUCGCGAACGACUCUUCUUUAAGGCGUGUUCAAGAGAAAAUCGAAGAACAAGAGUCAACACUGGACCGAAUCAGGCGAAAAAUAAACAGCGUUCAAGGUGUAUCGAAGAAAACACUGGACACAGAUGACAUAGGCAUUCCCAAGCCUGAACUGACGACCUUGUUAGAAGACAUGGACAAAGUUUUAGAGAAGCUGAGUCAUCUGAGUGAGGUGGAGAGGAAGUACGAGAGUCUGCAGGAGGAACGAGACUGGAUAAUCAUGCAUCUGGGGGCGGAUGGUAACGCCACUAGUCUGGUACAGGCGUACAAACGAUUUGCCAUACAAAACGACGAACACUUGCACACUCUUAAAGAGGAAGUGGCUAAGUAUAGCGAUUUAGUAAAGGAACAGGAGAGUAAAGGCGAAGAAGCGCGAACCAAAGAGAGAACUAAAAACGCGGGCAAUGUUUGGCAAUCCGCCUUGAUGUCGGUCAUGAAGAAACAGCUCCAAGACUUGAAGAUAGCCUCUAAACAAAAGGACAAGAAAAUUGAGAUUCUGGAAAACGAGGUGAAUGACUUGAAGUCAAAACUAGCGGCUGCAGAAAAGGACUUGGCUAGCUAUGCAGCCAUCGAGUCCUCGGUCAAUCGGUUACAUGCGUAUGCCGACAAAGGAGACAGUUUGAAAAUUGACACAAACAGGUCGUUCAAGAAUUCCUUUUUGCCUCCCCUUCGUCGGGGUGGCUCCCCGGUAGACGGACAGGUGGUCAACGGCCGGAAGCCCAAACCAGCCACCGGACCCCCCAUGACAGAGAGGGGGAUCAAUCCCCGGGCGCAUCAUAUGUCGGAGACGUUGUCAGGGGGUCAAUACCGCCUUGACACUAAAGUGCGAUACGGACAACCAUACCACAGUCUAAGUCAGGGCCUUGGGGCAAGCACCGGCCAUAAUAAAGGAAAUUUCCAGCUUGGAGAGAAGAUCAUCAUAGGCAAGAGAAUUCAGUAAACAUCUUAAAGGCAUACAGGUUUACACUUGUCCAAAGUUUUGCUGUAGUCAUUUGUCCCGUUGAAAUAAACUUGUGAUCCUGUCACCACACGACAUUGGGUAACCCAUCAAAAUUGAGCAGCUGAGUUUUACCUGCUAUUUGGGUACCAAAGUACUGUUCUGCGAAUUAAAACGAUAAAAAGAAUUCAGGCCGAAAUAUAAAUGCAUAAAGCUCACCCACAAUUUAACACUUUGAAAAAAAAAGAAACAAAGUUGUUGGUGUGCUAUCAAAUUGUUUAUAGCCAGUAUAUGGUACGUUUUGCUGCAUAAAUGCACGAGAUACAGAAUCCAUGCUGAUUAGCCGACAGUGGAGAUAGGGUUUCCUGGGUUAAACCCGGCAGCCUUGGUGACGCUUGAAUAAAUGUACCAUACCUAAAAUUCAGUUCGGGCUAGGUAUAAUAACUGCUCGUGAUAUUGCGUGAGCAAGACGGGAAUGUAGAUAAUGACUUCAUGGGUGAAUAGAAUUACGUAGAUACCUAUUCAAAUCGUCUAAACCAGUACCUGCUCAUGGUAUUGCUUGAACAGGACGGGAAUGUAGAUAUUGACUUCAUGGGUGAAUAGAAUUUACGUAGAUACCUAUUUAAAUCGUCUAAACCAGUACCUGCUCAUG